AGCACCAGUUAGAGAUGACAAAGAUGAGAGUAAAUUAGAUGAGAAAAAGCAUAAAAAUGAUAAAUUGGAUGAUAAAUUAGAUAAAUCUGAUGAUCGGAACGAUGAUAAAUCUAAUGGAAAGAAUAAUGAAACGAAUAACAGUAAUAUUAAAAAGUUGCUUCUUGGAUACUUUAGGGAAUUUCCCAAUGGUAAAUUUAACGGAUCGUUGGACGAUAAUAAUUUGAUAGAUCGGAUGAUAAAUGCAUCAACCGAAUUAACCGACCAGCAAAAAUUAGAGUAUCAAAAGAUGAGGGUUAUUAUCAAUAAUCUUUACAAAGAUGAGGAGCUUGAUCAUUAUUUUGUUGAUCCGGAUGAUAACGAGUAUGUUGCUGUUUUUCUUGAUAUGACAAAAGCAACAUUCGAAGAUGUUGAGCAAUUGGUCGAGAAGAUAAUAAAAAUGAAGAGCAAGAUAUAUUCAAAAUUACAUAGCUUUUUUGGAUCCAAGAUAACUCUCAGGAUUUUCAGGUUGGUUGAACGAAAUGCCAUGGAUAACUUCAGAAUAUUGUUGAAAGCGGCUCGUGAGCUUGUUAAAGAUGAUAGAAAAUUGCUUAAAAAAAUCGAUAAGAAGCUAGGUGGAAAUCGUAAAUCAUUGAAAGUGGACAAGGAAAACUUCAAGAAAAUGAUAAAGCACUUUAAAUCUCAAGUUGUUCUUUCAAUAAAUAAUGGUGUAUCAGGACCAUUUAACACUGUGGAUUUGGUGAUCUCUUAUUAUAAGGAGGUUGUCGAAGCGAGCGAUGAGGAGUUGAAACAGAUAAAAAAAUUAAUUAUUAGACAGUUUUCAAAACAACCUGAAGUUGGCUAUUUCGGAGGAUUUUUUACAUUUUUUCCUGAGGGAGAUUUUAAGUAUAAAAUGUCAUUGGAUCCUUUGAAUAAGCAUCAGUUCAUGUAUGUGAUCUAUCGAAUUUUGGUAGAACGCGUUAUCAAUGAAAGAUUAGAGUAUAAGGUGAAUAAUAUUUUUGACCAGUUAGAUUUUUCUAUAUAA